AUGUUCUAUAUAAACCCACACCUUGAAUCACUUAUACUCACUCACCAAGCAAAAGCAAAAGCAAAUUUCAAUCCAUUCCCUAGAGAAGCAAUGGCAAGCUUGAGAGUUUCUUGUGUAGUUGCUUUGAUCUGCAUGGUGGUUGUUAGUGCACCCAUGGCAGAGGCUGCAAUCUCGUGCGGAGCAGUAACUGGUGCCAUUGCUCCAUGCUUUGCUUAUCUUAAGGGUGCUCCUGCUCCUUCACUGCAAUGCUGUGCUGGAGUGAGGAGACUUAAUGGGUCGGCCCAAACUAUCGCCGACCGUAAGGCUGUUUGCAACUGCUUGAAAAGUGGUGCUGGUUCCGUUCCUGGUUUGAAGUCCGGCAAUGUUGCUGCUCUCCCGGGCAAAUGUGGUGUUAGACUUCCUUUCGCGAUUAGCCCCUCUACCAACUGUAAUGCCAUCAGUUUCUAAAAAUAGUGUGGAUGAGAGGAAGAAGCAGAUAGCAUGGCACUUCUUUCUAUUGCAGUAUUACCAGCACUAGCUGUGGAGUUAACUAAUGAGAAUAAAGGAAGGGCAACGAGGGCUCCACUUUUGCGAGUUUCCUCGGCUUCUAUCUGAAUUUGGUCUAUAAUUGUAUUGCACAAUGAAUUUUUUUUUUCUCAAUUUGAAUGUUGCAUUUGUGAUAAAGAUAUAUGAUAUAUUAUUCCAUGCUA